GGACUUUCUCCCCCCCCCCCCCCCCUCCGGAAGUCAACAGCAACAACCGCCGCGACGCGCAACAAUGUAUCCCAAAGUUGAACUCGGACACGCCGCGACGGCCGCCUGCCUGGCGCUUCUGUCCCUGGUCCGGCCGGCGGAGGCUUACGACGCGGGCGACGCUUUGGCCCUGCUCCUGGGCACCGUCCUGGCGGUGGUGGGCGUCUGCGCCUUCCUCGGCUGGUACGCGCGCAGACGCAACGGACAGCUGUGAAGAGCGGCCGCCGUGCACCCGCAGCGUCAAAAAAAAACACCAACCCAUCAAUUUGAUCUAAUGCGGAGCUCCUGGCAGUAUUUCUUGGUGGCGGACAACGAACGAACGUGCCUUUUUGUUAUCGGAGCCAAUGCGCAAACGGGAACCGCGUGGACUCGUGAUUGCGGGGGUUGGAGGAAGACAACCAGGAAGUCCCCCAAAAACCAGACCUCUGGUUUGUUGCACUGCUGAGGCUGAAGAACACUGUUACCUUGAGAUGUUUCAAAAGACUACAGCGAUUAGUGUAUUUUCAUUAAAAAAAACCGCAUAUUUGCCUUGCAUGGAGUGAUCACUGCGCUUUGCUAGUGUGUUUAUAUCCGCAAUGUGCAAAAUAUCACCGGUGUGGUUCCAUGAACAGAGGGUAGUUGUUGCUGUACUUUCUGCUGUUAGCUCUGGGAAUAAUAAAUGGAUUCAUCUGA